AUGACAAGCCCCCCAAGCUCGCGCUCAUGGGCUAGUCGUAUCGAGGCGGUGGCAAGGCAAAUAUUCCACCUACCGGGGCUUCGCGAUGAGCAGGAGCAGGUGAUACAGGCGAUGUUGGCUGGACAAAAUGUUGUCUGCCAGUUUGCAACAGGGGCAGGAAAAUCUAUCGUGUACCAGAUCCCGGCGCUCUUAUCACGAGGCAUGACGUUAAUCGUCCUCCCUCAUAUUGCUUUGAUCAAGGAUCAGCUUAUGCAUUUGCAUGACCUGAAUCUAAAGAAUCAGGUGGAGGCGAUCGCCAACGGACUGACCGACAAUGUGCAGUAUCACCAAAUCAUUGCCAAACUCUCGCAGGUUGAUUACAACGGAUGCAUCAUCAAGAUGCUGUAUAUUUGUCCCGAGCGAUUCGAGUCGCCAUCGUUCAGGGACAUCGUAAAAAAGCUCAUCAAUGAGCAGCUCAUUGCUAGGAUUCAUUUUGAUGAAGCCCAUUGCAUGCUCGACUAUGCAACACAAAGGCAGGACUUUUGUGCAUGCUGUAACAACAUCAUGCUGAUACUGUACCUUAUUGGAAGGCCUGCAUACCACAAUGCAGAGACAUUUAACCUAUUUCAGGGUAUACCCAAAUCAUUGACAUCCGCCACUAUACUACCAAGUUCUCUGGUCAAAGUAGUCAAGCUUUUAGGCAUACCACUAGACGCAGCACCACUUUACCGCCCAAACCUGCAGUAUGCUGUAUAUCCUAAGACUGCAGAUCCCCAGAACCCAUGCAAGUCUAAAGAACGUGCAUCACUAGAACACAUGGCCAGGCUCAUCACUGGGGAACUCUCAGAUGCCACUGGUAUCAUUUUCUGUUCAACCACUGAAAACAAGGAGACCAAUCAGGUUGUGGAAGCUCUUGAGGAUAUCACCCAUGGUGCUGUAGCGCCAAGAACCUAUUAUGCAAAUCUACCAGGACAGGUAAAGAAUAUCCGACAUGAAAUGUGGUCUGAGGGAAAACUCAAAUUGCUUGUGGCAACAACUGCAAUUGCAUUAGGGACCAACAACCUUGAAGUCCAAUAUGUGAUUCAUUGGAAAAUUCCAAGAUCGCUGGAGGCAUAUUACCAAGAGAGUGGCAGAGCUGGCAGGGAUGGAAAGCCGGCAAGGUGUAUCUUAUACUUUGCACCAGAAGAUGUUCCAACCGUAGCUUUCCUACUCCAUGAAGCAUCUGAAGAAAAUCACAAAUCUUGUUUUGUAACUCCCUUAGUUUGUGCCAUGGUUGAGUAUGCAAUUGAACACAGGUUUUGCAGAGUGAAACAGCUGGGAAGCUACUUCCAGGGUACAAGAUCAGGGGUUCAAUGGUUUGCACAUGAAGUUGGUGAAGAUUUCCAAUGUGGUCAAUGUGACACAUGCUGCAGGCGGUUGUCCAGUGCAUGUCCUCACGAUAUCUCGUUGUUGGCAUGGCAAAUUAUCCAAGCCAUGACAGAAAUAGAGGAUAACAGUCAUAUCCCUAAUGGCCUUAGCCUCAAGCAAUGGUCUCACCUCCUGCUGAAGGAUGAACCCCGCAGUGAAUAUGGUCCAUAUCUAGCAUUGGACAAGUUACAUGCAUUCAAGGAUAAGUGUUCGCAGUGGGCAUACACUGAGACUGUGAGAGACAAGGCAUGCACAGUCUUUGGUGCAGGUGAAAAACCUGCCAAUAUCACACAAGAGUACUAG